AUGGAUAAAUUUCUCACAAAAUUCAAUUGUUCUCAACCAAGUGCUAGUACGGAAGCCAAUCGUUCUCAACUUAUAAAUGAGCUCAAUUUAGGAUCUCUUGAAGACGAUCUAGGAGAAAGGGUAACCAUUGCUGAAUAUAACCCUCGAAUUCGGGAUAAAGUGAGGAGACAUUAUAUUCGAACAGGGCCUUGUCAAUCUUUACUGAAAAAAUUUCCUACAACUCAAAUAGGAAAUAGAGGUCGUCAAUUUGUUUCAAAUUGGUACAAAGGUCCACAUUCUAAAUGGUUGGAGUAUAGCAUGAAGAAAGAUGCCGCAUAUUGCCUAUGUUUUUAUUUGUUCAAAAAUGAAUUUGUAUAUGGAAAUGCGGGUGAGUUUUAUACAAAAAAUGGUUUUUGGGGUUGGAAUAGGGCUCUUGAAAGAUUCCAUUUGCAUGUUGGUGGGGUUAAUAGCGUCCAUGAUAAAUGUUUCAAGAAGAUGCUAGAUUUGUCAAAUCAUCAUCAAUCAAUUCAAGUUGUUCUUGAAAAGCAUUCCAAGAAGGAAAAAAGUGAUUAUCAUAUGCAUUUGGAAGCCUCAAUUGAUGUGGCAAGACUUCUUUUGCAUCAUAGGUUGCCUUUUCGGGGUCAUGACAAAAGUGAAUCUUCAACAAAUCAAGGCUUCUUUCUAGGAUUUUUACGAUGGCACGGGGACAAGCAUCCGGAUGUGGAAAAGUGA